AUGGCAAUAAACGACGUAUCUCACCCGCCCAACCUUCGCACGCCCACCACCUUCGUCACAACUCACGAUGUCCAGGGCGUCUCGAUAGUCCACACGGCUUCGCCGGCGACAUUCCAGGAUAUCCGUCCCGAGACCCGCUUUAACGUCAUUUAUACCACGUCCGAGAUGCCGGUAAAUAUGAACGGCGACCAGGACAUCUCGGUCCACCAAUCCGUCAUGUCCUCGGGAAAGUUGGGCCUCGUUCGACCCCACGGCACCGUGUGCCGUAUGGUCGACUUCGCGCCGGGCAGCGAGGGUAUUAUGCACCGCACGAAAUCCCUCGAUUACGGCGUCGUUGUCGAGGGAGAGGUCAACAUGGUUUUAGACUCCGGUGAGGUGCAUUUGAUGAAACGCGGCGACGUGGCGGUGUAG